AAAAAAAUAACACAUCUUUUUCCUUUUUUCUUUUCUUUGUAUGUCAAAACCUCUUUAUACACUAUUUCACUCACUUAGCCCUUGCUUGAAAAUAAGACAGCCAAGACCAAUUUUGACAAGAGGUCUUCGUUGUUGUUCUGUCGGUGUUCUUCCUUCUCUAUAUCAUCAACAUCAACAAAAGAGAGGGUUUCAUGUGUCUCCUGUUCAACAACAGAAACUAGACCCCUAUAAAACAUUAGGAGUGCCAAAAACAGCAAGUCAAAAUGACAUUAAAAAAGCUUAUUAUAAGCUGGCAAAACAAUAUCACCCAGAUACAAACAAAGAUAAAGAUGCCCGAGAAAAGUUUGUACAAAUCCAAGAAGCUUAUGAAAUACUUUCGGAUGAACAAAAGCGAAAACAAUACGAUCAAUUUGGACAUGGGUUUGAAGGUGGAGCAGCAGGUCCUGGUAGUAGUGGUGGAUUUUACAAUAGCAGCAGUAGUAGUAGUGGAUUUCCUGGUGGAUUUGAUCCCAAUGAUAUCUUUAGUCAAUUCUUUGGUGGUGGUUUCAAUGGUAGUAGUGCAGGUUUUGGUAGUGGUGGAUUUAGCGCUGCAGGUUUCGGCGAUGCUGGUUUUGGAAGUGCUGCAGGUGGUGGUCCUUUUCGUACCAUGAGUGGAGAAGACAUCCAGAUUCCUCUUACAAUUGAAUUUAUGGAAGCUGUCAAAGGGGCUAAACGAACUGUGACGGUCAACAGUGUUACCAAUUGCCCUACCUGCCAUGGCUCUGGCUUGAAAUCAGGUAAAUCAAAGACUCAAUGUCAAGUAUGCCAUGGCACAGGUAUGCAAGCAGUCCAAAUGGGAGGAUUUCAUAUGCAAGCAACAUGUCAAGCUUGUGGAGGUGCUGGUUCAUCAAUACCACUUGGUUCUCAAUGCGGUACAUGUAAUAGUGCAGGCAAGGUACGGUCAAGAAAACAAGUGGAAGUCACUAUUCCUGCUGGCGUGGAUAAUAAUAGUCGUAUUUGUGUACCUGGGGCAGGUGAUGCUCCUCUUAAGGGACAAGGUCCUCAUGGCGAUCUUUUUGUCUCACUUAACAUCAAACCCUCCAAAGUGUUCCGUAGACAAGAUGCUGAUAUCUUUUAUGAUGCUAAAAUUCCAUUCUACAAAGCCAUGUUGGGUGGCAAAGUACGUGUGCCUACUAUUGAUGGUGAUGUUGAAGUCAAAGUGCCUUCUGGAUCUCAAGCGGAAGAUAGUAUUGCACUUAGAGGCAGAGGUAUUCAGCGUCUACGAGGUUCUUCCAGGGGAGAUCAGAUUGUGCAACUAAAGAUAGAGUUUCCAAGAUCAUUACACGGUAAACAACGCGAGUUAAUAGAGAAAUAUGCUGCUUUAGUAGAUGACGAAUACAAGUAGUCUGAGUUAAAAUAAAAUGGG